AUGGCCGCGGGUCCCCCACCGCGCGGCGCCGCCGAGGCGGAGCCCCUGCUGGACACGUCCGCGCGACUCGUGGACAUCAAAAACGCGCGUCGCAUCGCGCAGUUCCUCACCUCCGUCAUCGCGCUCGCCACCUUCGUCGUGCUCGCCAUCCACAACGGGACCGGCCGCGGGUCCUGGGGCGGUGUCGUGGACUCGCGCCCGAGCACGUCCGCGUCGCCCGUUCACGGCAUGCCCUACGUCCCGAUCACCGGGCGCUCGAGGCUCGCGAGACGCGUCGACGAUACCCCGGACGCCACGCGCCGAGCCCUGAGGCGCGAGCGGCUCGAGAUCGACGAGCUCGUCGCGCGCCUGGGCGCGGCUGCAGCUUCGGAAAAGGCGCAGCGUCGUCAGGCCGCAUCGGACGCGCCCACCGUCGCGGCGGACGGCGCGGCCGGGACACCGCCGACGGAGACACCGACGAACGAAUCCCCCGCGCACCACGCAUCCAAAGACCGAACGACGCCCCCGGAGACGGACUGGGUCACGCCGAUGUACCUCCUCCACGUUCCCGACGACCCGGCGGAUGAGGCGAGGCUUCGCACCGAUCUCGUCAAGCUCGUCGCCGCGCACGGCGUCGCCGCGGUGAAGAAGAACGUGCGGCUCACGCCGACGGUGGACGCCACGCGGUGGCCCCACGACCUGGACGAAGCCGUGUACGCGCUCAAGUCGGUGUUCGGCGAACUCGGCUUCGACUAUCGCGAACCCGACCUGACGCUCGUCAAGGACUUGCCGUGGAUCAAAGCAAUCGACGCCCGGUCCAAGCGAGGUAAGCUUCGCGAACCCUGGAACGGCGACCUCGUCGCGUCCCGCGUCAGCGCGCUCUUCUCGCACAUGGCGCAGUGGCAACUCGCCCGGGAUAACGGCAACGAGCACACCUACGUCGUCGACGCGAGGGACGGGUUGAACCCGUGGCUGUUAUCCGUCCCCGUCGGUGCCUUGGGUUCAAUCGCGCACAACGCGCCGAAAGAUUACGACGUCGUCUUCGUCAACCAGCCGUUGUUCACCGGCGGCAGAAUGUUCUCCCGGUUCCCCGAUUUCGACGGCAACACCGUACAGCUGCACGAGUGGGAGCAGCGAGGCGUGGUGGGUUUAGGGACGUACCUGUUCAGCGACAGGUUCGUGGAGAAGGUUUUCAAACACGUCGCGGCGCACGGAGCGGAUGACUUGGACUGGUGGCUGGUGGACCGCAUGUGCACCGCGGAUUCGGUGAACGACGCCGGGGUGUUCGUCGGGUUCGACGACGCGAAGGACGCGACGUCGCCGAUGCUGAGGUGCUACCACGCGCUGGGGGUGUUGGAUGAGGGGGAGAACGGCGGGGGUUUAAGGUUUAAGAAGCGAGAAGGAAGGCGGGGGCGGAGAGAGUGGGAAGCCGCGGCGGAUACGGCGGGGGGCGGCGGCGACGCCGGCGUGGUGGCGUCGGUCGGGGCGAGGGAGGGACGCGGUAACCCGCUGGGUCUGAGGGGCGAGACGUACGCGCGCGCGGCGGAUUGGAUAGUGCGACGCGCCAAGGAGGCCGAGACGGUGAGGGAGCUCACGUCCGAGGCGUAG